GAUCUUCGCACGUUAUGAUUACCAGUCAUCUCCCCUCUUAACUUAACAUAACACCUUCCCAAUUUUAAACACUAAAUUUAUACUCUCUCUUACUUCAAACCGCCAUUAACUCCUCCCCCCACACCUCUUCUCCACCAGUCACCACCUCCCCCCGCCCACCUUUUCUCUCUCCAAAACCCUAAUUUCAACUUCCUUAAACCUCCGUUUUCUCACUCCUCCCGCCAUUACCAACACCUCUUUUACGACGCCGUUUUCCGAUUUUUCUCAAUUUGGAAAUAUUGAUUUUUCAUGAACAAAAUCAUUUUUAAAAUGUAGGAUCCUGAUUUAUUUCCGAAAAAACUUGAUUUAGUUUCAUUUAUUCAUUUCAUUUAUAAACACACAGCAAGUAGGACAAAAAUAAUUUAUUUAUUUUUAAAAAAUCAAUGAAGAAUUUGAGGUGGUUGAAGCAAUUUUCAACCGGCACUACCGAAACCGGAAACGGAAACGGGAAAGGAGACGAAACGCCGUCGUCAGUGGACGGGAAAAGGAGGAGGAAGUUGAAGAGGAAGAUAUCAUUAGGAGAGUACAAAAGAGCAGUGUCAUGGUCAAAGUAUUUGGUAUCAUCAGGAGCAGAAAUUAAAGGAGAAGGAGAAGAGAAAUGGAGUGCAGAUAUGUCACAGUUAUUUAUUGGGAAUAAAUUUGCAUCAGGAAGACAUAGUAGGAUUUACAGAGGGAUUUAUAAACAAACUGAUGUUGCUAUUAAACUUGUUAGUCAACCUGAAGAAGACCUUGAUUUGGCUACUAAGAUUGAACAUGAAUUUGCUUCUGAAGUUGCUCUUUUGUUUGGAUUGACUCAUCCUAAUAUUAUCACUUUUUUUGCUGCAUGUAAGAAACCACCUGUAUUCUGUAUCAUCACGGAGUACAUGGCCGGAGGAUCACUGAGAAAAUAUCUCCAUCAACAGGAGCCACAUUCAGUCCCUCACGAUCUAGUUCUGAAGUUGGCUCUAGACAUUGCUCGGGGAAUGCAAUUUCUUCAUUCUCAGGGGAUACUUCACCGUGAUUUGAAGUCUGAAAAUCUUCUUCUCGAUAAUGAAAUGUGUGUGAAAGUAGCUGAUUUCGGGAUCUCUUGCUUGGAGACUCAAAUUGGCAGUGCGAAAGGAUUCACCGGUACCUACCGAUGGAUGGCUCCGGAGAUGAUUAGAGAAAAGCACCAUACGAAGAAAGUCGACGUUUACAGUUUUGGCAUCGUGUUGUGGGAGAUCUUGACUGCAUUAGUUCCCUUCGAUGAUAUGACUCCUGAACAAGCUGCUUUUGCUGUCUGCCAGAAGAAUGCAAGACCUCAAAUGCCCACCGAGUGCCCGGCAGCAUUCAGUCGGCUUAUCAAGCGAUGCUGGUCUAACAACCCGGAUAAACGGCCACAUUUUGAGGAGAUUGUUGCGAUUUUGGAGGGUUAUUGGGAGUCCUAUAAUCGCGAUCCUGAAUUCUUUUUAUACUUUAAACCCAAUGAUCGGAAAUUAUUGCGUUGCUUACCUAAGUGUAUUAAUGCUCGCAGCAACAGUCGUAAGCCUGUUUUGUCGAUGAUUAAGGGUAGUAUUAGUAUAUAAGCUCUUUUGAAAUCGUGAAUAUACAUAAUAUAUGGAUGUCUAAUUGUAUAAUGUUCUAGCAAAUCAUCCCAGAUGAUUCAUGUUGCAUGAAGUUGUUUUGUAAUCGUAACUAUUAAGGGCCAAAAUGGCUCAAUUCCAAAAUUUUACCACAUUUAAUUAGCUCACAAAUUUGUUUCA